AUGGCAGACCCUUCCACCACUCUUGGCUCUGCCUUUUUCCCCUGCUACGAUCACCACAAACACCACCCUUUUGAUCCCCAUCAUCAUCAUUUGCCCUUCGAUCAAUCCGGUGAAAUCCCCUCCUUCUUCUCCCCGCAAUCUGAUUUCGAUUUUCCAUUCGACGGUGGCGAUUACGCCGCCGAAGAUAAUAUUGCAUACCCCUCCCAUCCCCUAGUGGAUCCUGCUGUUCUUUCUUCUACAACGUUUGGAGAAGUUAAGGAUGUUCCACAAGUCUGGUCGGAGGACGUGGAAAAUCCUACGCCGAUCUCCGCUUGGCCGCCGGCAAUGGCAUCUAUAUGUAAUAAUUCUUGUCAAGUUCUCCGAGAAAUCACUCAUACCAAUGGUUUGUAUAUGCUGAGGCUUGAGAUUCAUGGAGGCCUCGGGAUGAUCGCUCAUGCAGUACUAGAGAAAUGCUGUUUGGAUUUUUUGUCUCAAAAUCCCGAGUACCAGACCUUUGAUUUUUCCCAGGAAAGCAUGAGUGCAGUGAAGCAAUUCUUAGUUGGGUAUUUUGAGGAUCGCAAACAGGAGGGAUACGUUGUGCUUGAAGAUCCACUCUGGGAAUUCUAUGAAGCUUUGAGUGUUGGUCAUGGAGGGGGUGAAGAUAUGGACAUUGACAACUUCUUCCAACUUCCCCCUACUACACAUUCAGGUGUCUAUACUUUUUCUUCUCAAUUUGUAAACCCAAUCAAUUGUCUGUUGAUUAAUCUUAAACCUCCAAAAUUCCUGUCCAAGGACACUAGAGAAGGGAAUAAUCAUAAUGAAAAGAAUGAAGAAGCAGAAGUUAAAGCCCAGAAGAUCCCCCUCUCAGCUCAGAGGGAAAGAACAGGGAAGCUGAGACUCAAAGACUUCGCAGGGUACCUUCAUCUGCCCAUAGAGGAAGCGGCGAGAAGAAUGAACAUAUGCCCAACAGUUAUGAAGAAGAUUUGCAGGAGAGAUGGGCUGUUGCGAUGGCCUUACAGGAAGAUAAGGAGCAUUCACAGAAAAAUCUCCAACAGAUCAAAGAGCUUAUCUGCAGGGAACGUCGACGCCCAAGAAAGGGAGCGAGCCCGCGCAGAUAUCCUCGAACUUCAACAAGAACUCGCCAGGAUUUCUGAAGCUUUCUUUGAUUGA